UCCCUUCAGGGAGGGUUAACUUCGUUUAGAGGGACCUUACGGUGUGAGUACCGUAACGCCGAGAAAGACGUGGUUUGAUCUUAGAAUUAAUUUUAUACUUUUAGCGAAUGGCUAGAUGCGUCAACUGUCUAUCAAGAUGGCAAAUCUCAACUUCGGCAUAAUGCAUGGAAAUAUUGUUCACUAUCAAAAUAAUAAUGGAAAUUACAUUAAUUCACCCUCGGUGUUUUGUUUCUCAGACCACGCAAAUGUCGUGAUUUCACAUAGUUGUUUUUCAGUGGGCUAAGAAAUGUACAAAGCUAAAAACGCACAUGCAGAGAUAUUGUUCUGUGAAGUAGAUCUUUUGUUUGGCCACGUCAUCGUUGCGGUUUCCUGAGGGUCGUUUAUUCAUCUUAACAUGGGAGAGGAUUGUUUCAUAUGACUGUAGACAACUAUUGACGCCCCCUAAAUUUUUCGCAAACAAUAAAUAAAUCCUUAAACGAUCUUGUCGCCUCCUUUCACUAAGUCUUAGCGACUUGGCAAAUUUUUCCAUUAGCCGAAUCUACUGAUACUUUUAUCGCCAUCAGGGGUCAUCAAGCUGCUGAGUGGAGCAAGAUGGCCCUCACUCUGCUACUGCUAAUGGUUGUAAGUCCAACAUUCUUAGAUGCAAAUUCUCAACACAGCAACGCCAAAGGAGAGGUGUCGAUCCUGGGUAUGAUGCUGCAAGGACACAUCUUCAAAAAGAUCCCAAAAGUGGAUCUCGGUGAUGUGUGUUUACGGGAAUGUUACCAAGAUAUCAUAUGCCAAAGUUGCAACUACGUCUUCACCGAAGACAUUUGCGAGUUGAACAACCGUUCUAAGGAAGCCAGAGAAGAGGAUUUUGUACUAAAAAAGGCACGAAGAGAGGUAAUAUCUUAA